AUGGUCGUCUCCACUGCCAUUGCCACUGGCACUUGGCUCGUCAUCCUCAUCUAUGCUACGAUUGCUGCCGAGCGGGGCUGUGGUGACGACCUGGCCCUGCCCGUGCACCUGGUAGAGUAUCGGCGCGCCCUGCUGGCGCCGCGCAGCUCGCAGCGCGAGGCAGGGGCGCCUCGGGCGGAGGCGCUCAGCCCGAUCGUCGCGCCCACCCUGCUGACGGGGAGCCGCGAGUUUCGCGAGGCAGGUGACCUCAUCGAGAUCUUCGCGAUCAACGGCCACGCGCGCUUCCGCAUCGACCACCAGGAGGUCUACGACCUCAAGCACGGCUCCAUGCACUCGGCCACGUACUUGGAGAGCGACAACCCCACAGAUGAGGUCGACCUCUGCCCGAUGUUUUCGGCCGCGCGGCCUCCAUGGCUGCAUUUUUGCACCGUCAGGGCCGACGAGUGCACCGCGAGCGAGCACAACCAGCAGCUGUUCCACGUCGGCAAGUGGCGGUUCAUCCUCGAGUGCGAGUUGGAGGUAGCGCUGGACUCAGCUGCCGGCGCUGCUGCUGCCGGCGCGGGUGGCCCCACGGCGCCGCCUGCAGCCAAGGGCGCUGGAGGGGGCGUCAGCAUCGUGCAGGCCGUGCCCAACGGUAAGGACGACUUGCGCGACAAGUUGGUGGCCCUGCGUGCUCGGGCACAGGGGCCGCCGCUGCCGCCGCCAGCUUUCCCCCCGCCCGGAGAGCUGGCUUCCGCUGGCCAGGGCAGGCGCGCGGGGCCCCGGGGCUACGACGGCAGCGAGGAGCCUCAGCGGAAGCAUCCCCGUGUCGAGGGCGCCGCUGUUUUGGGCAAAGCCGGGGCCGGCGCCAGCCGCGGCCUUCGCGACCGGAGCCUCGGGGCCUCCAAAAGGCAUGGCCUUGCGGAGGCCACCGCGGCAAAGGGCAUCCAGGCGGCGAGUGGCAGGCGCGACUCUCCCCAUCGCUCCCGGGAGCGCGCCGCGCGUGGCGAGCGCGGCCGGUCGCGCAGCCGGCGCGGCUCGCGCCAUCGCCGCCGCUCUCGUUGCCGGAGCCCUUCUCAGCUCGAGUCAUCGGGCUCUCGGAGCUGGGAUUUUCCCGAGGGGCGUCGUUCCAAACGCGAGCAGGUCCGUGCGACCAUGGAACGGCGCCCCGGGCGCAUCACGGAGUGGCUGCUCGCGAAGAUGCGGACUUACCUGCCGCGGGAGUCCCGGCCCGGGUCCGCCACCGAGCCAGUGGCCAUGAGGUACCUCACCACGCAGCUCAUCCCCCGUCUCGGCUCGGAGCUGAACAAGCGCAACGAGGCCGAGCUCCGCACUCUGGCCAUCUGCCUGGACUGCCUUUUGGAUGGCAAUUUCGUGGGCUGCACCGACCUCUUGGCGCGGCAGUUCAAGGCCGUGGAGAUGGCUCAGAGGGGGGGCUGGGCGGCUGCCCAGCACCUCAAUCCCCUGCACGACACGCUCGUGUCGGCCAUGGAGGAGGACGAGCGGGAGGAGCUGUACCGCGCCGAGCAGCAGGAGAUGAAGCGCGAGGAGCUCAAGAACAGGAUCUCGACCGGUCGCGCUCAGUCCCGGGGCGCCGCGCGCUCGGGACUCGGCGGGGGCGGGCUUCUGGACCGGAAGCUCGCCCUGAGGGCGCGGCACUCGGAGGAGGUCACCCGAGGCCUCUUCGACCCCGCGGAACCCGCGAGCGUCUAUCCGAGGCGAGGGGCCUGCCCGCCGCCCUCUCUGAGCCUGCCCCGCUCGGGGGCAGAGACCGGCCUCUCGGAGGGGCUGGUUGGGGGCGUCGGCAUCGGCGUGCUCGGCGAGCUGCUGUUGGAGUUCGCCCGGCAGGGAUCUGCUUGCAAGUCACGCGCUGGCGCGCCAUCUUCGUGGGGGGAGUCCUGCUCGCCGUCGUCCUCGCGCGAGCUGCUCUCUUUUGCCACGUCGCUGGGCUUGGCUCCGUGCCGUCAGCACGCCGAGUACGCCCGCCUCCUCGCCCGGGGUGACAGAACCGGCAGGUGCGCCUUGCCGAGGCCCGCGCUCGGUCUUGACGAGUGGUUGCUCUUAGCGUUGCUUGGGCUGAAUGCGCUCUGGGACGGUUCGCGGGCCCUCGGCCAGCAGCCAUGCGCGAUGCCAGUAAACAGGCCUUCGGUAGCUCAGGUGGCGUGUUUCUGGCACUUGGAGCGCAAGGUCCAUAGCUUCGUGACCACGCCCGGAAUGGGCGUCGCCGCCGAGGCGCCCGUUGAGCUUUUCGCCACGAGGGAGGUCAGCUACGGCGGGGACGUCGCCCAGAGGGCCGUGGAGUUGACCUGGGAGCAGAUCGAGCCGGCGCUCCCUCCCGCCGACCGCUGCGGAAGGCUGCGGGCCGUCGAUUUUUGUGAGCCGCGCGUCAGGCGCUACCUCGAGGAGCCGAUCGAGAUGUUGGUGCCGCUGGACUGCUUUCCGGCGCGGCCGAAGCCUGGGAAGGUCAUGGCCUCUUCAACCGAGAUCAUUCGCAUCGGCCGCGGACUUCUCGAGAGGGGCUUGGUGGCGCCACUGCGGCGCAGCGACCUGCUGCACAUCCGCGGGGAGCCCGUCGUCAACGGUUUGUUUGGCGUGCUCAAGGACGACCUCGUCCCCAGCGGGCCUUUGGCCGGGCAGCCGCAGCUCAGGUUGAUCAUGAACCUGACCGCAUCCAACCAGCUCAUGGGCGAGCUGCCCCUCGACAUCGCGAAGCUGCCAUUUUACGCACAAUGGCGCAACAUCAUAAUCGAUGUGGGAGAAGAGCUUGCGUGGGCCUCGGACGCCAGCGAGAACGGCGGGGGCGUCGCGUACACGUCCAGGCACACCGCCGAGGGUCGCACCGCCGCUCUGUGUGAGCUGGCAGGCGGCUGCGCUCAUGGUCGCGACCUCCUCGUGCUCCUCGAGGUCGGCGGUUGUGGGCGUGGGCGCAUGGCAUUCGACAGCGUCGGGCUCGAGCUCUCGCUGCACGGGCUGCUGUCGGUCACGCUGGACGCUGCCCGGACGGUGCGGGCCCGCUGGCCCGAGGCCGAGGCUUUGCGCGACCUCCGAGCAUUCGACGCGAUCGCUGCUCGCCGGUUGCUGGGCCGCGCCGCUCACGCCACCGACCUCGUCUUUAUGUGCCACAUCGGGUCCGCGUUGGAGCUCGAUGCCGACCUGCCCCUUAUUUGCUCCGCGCAGCGUGUCUUGCAGCGCGAGGGGGCCGGGUUGAGGGUCUGGCUGGUGUGCCUCGCCGCGCCCUCGACUUCGCGCGAGCAGCUGGAGUCUGUCACGCGCGCCUUCCGCUCCAUCCCGCUCUUUAUGGACGUGUCGACGGUAUCCGAGAGCACAGGUUGCGAAUAUUGUUGGUUGAGCUGGCCGCUGGAGGGUGGCAGUCACCUUCGGAUGUCACGCCAGCCGGACCGCAUCUUCCUGAGCUGGUCCGAGUCCACCCCAGCCGUCCCCCCAGCGGCGGCAGGCGCUGGCUUGCGGAGCACAGGGGCCAGGCGCGGCGCACGCAGCUGCCCGCUCGGAAAGGAGCGCCCUGCCGGGGCCGCGCAGAGAGGGCGUCUGCAGUGCAUCGCGCUGCGGCUGGGCUUUCCGCACGACUUCUUCCUCCAAGCCCGGAGUCGCAAGUCGGGCUGCACGUCGGAGGCCCUCGACCAGGCUCGCCACGCCGCGGCAGCGCAGUGUGGGCCCGUGGCCCCCCUUGCGUACCUGGUUGGGCUGUGGGGGUGGCAGAGAGGCUUCUUGCCCGACGCCCCGACUCCCGACGUGGCCCGUGGCGGACUCUCAGCCGCGGGCUCCGCCUUCGUCGAGCGCCUGGCCGGGAGAGCGAUUGAGGAGAUCGCCUGCGCUGGUUCGCAUCAGCUUUCGCUCGAGGCCAUGGUCCGUUCCACUAUCUUCAAAGGAUCGGACGUCAGGAUUGCUACGGCCUCCCUGUGCGACCCCAGCAGCUGGCCGCGCAGAGGCAUCCCUGCGGCCAGGUGGGAUUGGAUGACCUGCCAGGCUUGGCGCUGGCGCGACGCCGAGCAUAUCAACGAGCUCGAGCUGCGCGCCGUGCUCAGCAGCGUCCGGUGGCGCCUGCGGAGCAGCAUGCAGAUACAUUCGCGCUUCGUUCACAUCUUGGACUCGCAAGUGUGCGUCGGAGUGCUGUGCAAAGGGAGGUCUUCUGCCCGGUGCCUCCAAAAGAUUCUCGCCCGCAUCGUCUCGUUGCUGCUCGCUGGUAGUCUCCGCCCGCACUGGGUCUAUGUGAGGUCGGCGGACAACCCCGCCGACGCGGUUGCUGACUAUUUGGAGGCGCUGUGGGACGACGGAUCGCCCCGCAGUUUGGCCGCCCACACCCUCUCGGGGCUUCAGCAUCUGGUGCCGAGCCUUCGGCGCGAGCUCAAGGAGGGCUGGCGCCUGCUCCGCACGUGGGAUCAGAAUGAGAUGCCCAGCCGCGCCCCGCCGUUACGACCGGAGGUGGCGAUUGCCUUGGCGGGCUUUGCGCUCGCCGACGGCCGCGAGGAUGUUGCCACUGCAAUCCUGGCGGGCUUCAACGGCUUGUUGCGCCCCUCCGAGAUGCUCAUCUCUGCGGGGGACUGCGUCUUCGACCACAGCCAGCGCACGUGCGUGGUCAACCUUGGGCUUACUAAAGGCGGGAAAAGGCAGGGGUGCCCUGAGGACGUCAUCAUCGAUGACGAGUUCGCCUACUUACUGCUCCGCUGGGCGCUUGCAGGGUGCGCAGCUGGCACUGCCCUCCCACCGAGGGGUCUUGCCAAUUUUCGCGCAUCUUUCGCCAGCUACCUUGGCAAGGCGGGCCUCGACCCCAGCAGGAUAAAGCCCUAUAGCAUCCGCCGUGGCGGCGCCGCCCAUAAUUUCUCUUCGCUCGGCAACAUGGCGCUGACCUGCGAGCGAGGCCGCUGGCGCUCCAGAGCGACAGCCAAUAUUUUUAUCACAGAGGGGAUGGCUGCCCUAGAAGCCGUCGCGGUCACCAAACAGCAGCGGGCAGCUUUGGCCUUGGGGCAUCAGUUGUUCCACAGGCACAUUGAGCGCAUCAUGGACGGUGGCAAGUAA